AGUAUUUUCAGAAAUGUUCAAGAUAGAAAUGUUUACAGUUCGGUCUCUGCUAAGUCUUGCCAAUCAACCCUCCCUACUACCAGGCUCUGCCCUUCACACCAGUUCAACGCUUGAAAGCAGAAUAAAGCGGGUUAACCGUCACAAACCGUUUUGGCAGUCUCGCAAACUAAACAAAGCCACCGAUGAACCGAUAUCAGCAGAAAAUAAAAUGUUUAUUCAAAACUACAUUGAUAAGAAAUACGCUGGUCCCCUGAGAGAGGAGUUCACGCCGUGGGCUAAAGGAAGUUGGAAAGAGGGAACUAGACGGCCUGGUGUACUAGCUGUUAAAAUAGGAGUUCAACCGAUUUGGCUGAAAAAUGGAAAACAAAUUAUUACAACACUUCUCCAUGUUCAGGAUAACCAUGUAAUUAAAUUCACAACAAGAUCUGAGUAUGAAGACAGUUAUGUUGGAGAGAAGAAUAGAAUAGCUAAUUAUACAGGAUCCGGAAAUAAAAAGGGUGAUCAUAUUACUGGAUUAGUAACAGUAGGAGCUGUAAGCACGGAUCCACAAAAAUAUACUAAGGACUACUGUGGUCUAUUUUCUGAAUCUGGUGUGAUGCCUAAACGUCACCUGGCCCGGUUUCCCGUCACAGAGAACGGAAUAAUUCAACCUGGAACCCCCUUGAGUGCAGCUCACUUUACACCGGGUCAGUUCGUGGAUGUUUAUGGUAGAACCAUGGAGAGAGGGUUUCACGGAGUAAUGAAAAGGUGGGGGUUUGCUGGUAUGCCUGCUUCUCAUGGAGUUACUAAAUCUCAUCGUAGAGCAGGACAUAUAGGAUCAGGUUGUGAUAAAAGCCGUGUAUGGCCUGGACAGAAAAUGCCUGGAAAUAUUGGAGGAAGAUACACCUGGCUCAGGGGACUCAGGAUCUGGAGGAUUAACUAUGAAGAAAAUGUACUUUAUGUGAGUGGAACAGCUGUGCAGGGAAACACAGGAUCUAUUCUGCAAGUCUGCGAUACCAAACUUAAAUCUAAACGAUGGGGAAAUGAGAAAAUUAAAGAAGUUAAGUCAGGGCCUCGUUUCUUCCCAACUGCAUCACAGGAGGAUAUUGAUAAACUACCCGAGGAGGAAUAUUGUGAUUUAGUUCAUGACUUUAAUGCUCCCUCAAUAUCCAGGGUUUAACCCCCCCCCCCCACUGCAUCCAGUGCUAAAGAUCUCAUCUAAAUGAAGACCCAUCGUCCACCCCCCCCUCCUUCUUCCCUUGUUUGGGCCAAAAUUUAUCAUCAACUUUUGAACCCUCCAUUUUGAUUUCAGAAAUAAUGUUGCCAGUCGUUUCUUUGCGCUUGGUUCAGAGAACUAGCAGCCUCUCUGCUGUUAGGUUGAUGAGUGGUGAAAGGUUUGGACACAGUAAUGGAGACAGUGGGUGGAGAUGGGACAAAGGAGGUGUAGGUAUGGGAGGGAAGGAGGCCUGUCCAGCCACCGAGAUCAAGGAGGGACUCGGCAAGGGAAAAGAAUAUGAGAAUCCUGAAUUUUUCAAGUAUAACAAGUAUAGCUACUUCGAUGUGGAGAAGGAUGUGGUGGACUCUAACAAGAGGGUUCCCCAGCCAGACAGCAAACUUACAGAGUUCUGGUGAAGGAAACACUGUGUCAGAUAUUUUGUUAGUUACAUUGUGAACCAUGCACGGUACACAACAUAAAUAUUUAUAAUAUUAUUGGACUAUUCAUGACAAAUUUUAUGUUUAUCAUAGAGAUUUAACACUAGUCCUCCAAAUGUAGUAUGUUUUCAGAAAAA